GCCGCCCCCGCCGCUCCGCGAUGGCCAGCCCGCCGCCGCAGGGGGCUCCCGGGCCGGCGGGCGGCGGCGAGGCCCCGAACCUGAACAACAACAACAACAACAACAACAACCAGGGCGUGCGCAAGUGCGGCUACCUGCGCAAGCAGAAGCACGGCCACAAGCGCUUCUUCGUGCUGCGCGGGCCCGGCGCGGGCGCCGACGAGGCGCCGCAGCCGCCGCGGCUCGAGUACUACGAGAGCGAGAAGAAGUGGCGGAGCAAGGCGGGCGCGCCGAAGCGGGUCAUCGCGCUGGACUGCUGCCUGAACAUCAACAAGCGCGCCGACGCCAAGCACAAGUACCUGAUCGCCGUCUACACCAAGGACGAGUACUUCGCCGUGGCGGCCGACAACGAGCAGGAGCAGGAGGGCUGGUACCGCGCGCUCACCGACCUGGUCAGCGAGGGCCGCGCGGCCGCCGGCGAUGCGCCCCCGGCCGCCGCCGCCGCAUCCUGCAGCGCCUCCCUGCCCGGCGCCCUGGGCGGCUCGGCCGAUGACAGCUACGGGCUGCUGGCGCCCGCCGCGGCCGCCUACCGGGAGGUGUGGCAGGUGAACCUGAAGCCCAAGGGCCUGGGCCAGAGCAAGAACCUGACGGGCGUGUACCGCCUGUGCCUCUCGGCGCGCUCCAUCGGCUUCGUGAAGCUCAACUGCGAGCAGCCGUCGGUGACGCUGCAGCUCAUGAACAUCCGGCGCUGCGGCCACUCGGACAGCUACUUCUUCAUCGAGGUGGGCCGCUCGGCCGUCACGGGCCCCGGCGAGCUGUGGAUGCAGGCCGACGACUCGGUGGUGGCGCAGAGCAUCCACGAGACCAUCCUGGAGGCCAUGAAGGCGCUCAAGGAGCUCUUCGAGUUCCGGCCGCGUAGCAAGAGCCAGUCGUCCGGCUCGUCGGCCACGCACCCCAUCAGCGUCCCCGGCGCGCGCCGCCACCACCACCUGGUGAACCUGCCGCCGAGCCAGACGGGCCUGGUGCGGCGCUCGCGCACCGACAGCCUGGCCGCCACGCCGCCCGCCGCCAAGUGCAGCUCCUGCCGGGUGCGCACGGCCAGCGAGGGCGACGGCGGCGCGGCGGCGGCCGCGGGGGGCGGCGGCCGGCCCGUGUCGGUGGCCGGCAGCCCGCUGAGCCCCGGGCCCGUGCGCGCGCCCCUGAGCCGCUCGCACACCCUGAGCGGCGGCUGCGGCGGCCGCGCGAGCAAGGUGGCGCCGGCGCCGGCAGGGGGCGUCCUGCAGCACAGCCGCUCCAUGUCCAUGCCCGUGGCGGCCGGCCACUCGCCGCCCGCCGCCGCCACCAGCCCCGGCAGCCUGUCGUCCAGCAGCGGCCACGGCUCGGGCCCGCCCUCGCACGUGCCGCACCCGCUGGCCGCCCACCACCACCACCACCACCAGCACCAGCACCAGCAGCCCCCGGGCCAGCGGCCCUCCAGCGGCAGCGCCUCGGCCUCGGGCUCGCCCAGCGACCCGGGCUUCAUGUCCCUGGACGAGUACGGCUCCAGCCCCGGCGACCUCCGCGCUUGCUGUAGCCACCGGAGCAACACGCCCGAGUCCAUCUCCGAGACGCCGCCGGCCAGGGACGGCCCCGGGGGCGGCGAGCUGUGCGGCUACAUGAGCAUGGACAGGCCCCCGAGCCACUGCGGCCGCGCCUACCGCAGAGUCUCCGGGGACGGCGCCCCGGACCUGGACCGCGGGCUCCGGAAGAGGACCUACUCGCUGACCACGCCCGCGCGCCAGCGCCCGGCGCCGCCGCAGCCCUCGUCCGCCUCGCUGGACGAGUACACGCUGAUGCGGGCCACCUUCUCGGGCAGCGCGGGCCGCCUGUGCCCGCCGUGCCCUGCCUGCUCCCCGAGGCCCACCUACCAGCCGUACCCGGAGGACUACGGCGACAUCGAGAUCGGCUCGCACGGCGGCUCCGGUGGCCUUGCGCGCCCCGACGACGGCUACGUGCCCAUGACCCCCGGCGCCGCCCUGCUGGUGGGCGCGGGCGGCCGCGGCGACGACUACAUGCCCAUGAGCCCCACCAGCGUGUCGGCUCCCAAGCAGAUCCUGCAGCCCCGCGGCGCCGCCGCCACGGCCACCACGGCCCUGCCGCCCUCGGGGGCGGCUGUGCCCACGCCCCGCGCCGCGGCCAGCCGGGCCUUCGCGGGGCCUGCGGGCGGCGCCUACAAGGCCGGCUCCCCGGCCGGGAGCUCCCCCGAGGACAGCGGGUACAUGCGCAUGUGGUGUGGCUCCAAGCUGUCCAUGGAGAGCGCCGACAGCAAGCUGCUUCCCAACGGGGACUACCUCAACAUGUCCCCCGGCGAGGCGGGCGCCGCGGGCACGCCCCCGGACUACUUCUCGGCGGCCUUGCAGGGCGGCGGCGGCGGCACCGGCUGCUGCCCGGGCUCCCUGCCCCGCUGCCACAAGGCCGCGCACCCGUGCGGCGGCGACCACUAUGUGCUCAUGAGCUCCCCGGUGGGGCGUAUCCCCGAAGAGGACAGGCUGGAGCCGCAGGCGACCCCUGGGAGCGCGCAGGCCGGACACCCGCAGCAGGCUCCCCAGGCAGUGCCUUCGCCCCUGAGGCCGGGGGGCCGCCCGGAGGGCCCCCUGAGCCAGCGCUGCCGGGCGGUGCGGCCCACGCGCCUGGCCCUGGAGGGGCUGCACCCGCUGCCCGGCCCGCAGGAGGACACGCUGCCGCCCGAGCCCCGGAGCCCCGGCGAGUACAUCAACAUCGACUUCGGCGAGGCGGCCGCGCGCCUGUCGCCCCCGGCCGCGCCGCUGCUGGCGUCGGCGGCCUCGUCCUGCUCCCUGCUGUCGGCCAGCAGCCCGGCCUCGUCGCUGGGCUCGGGCACGCCGGGCACCGGCAGCGACAGCCGCCAGCGCUCCCCGCUCUCUGACUACAUGAACCUGGACUUCAGCUCGCCCAGGUCGCCGCGGCCGGGCACGCAGGGCGCGGACGCCGCGGGCCCCCUGGACGGCCUCCUGUCGCCCGAGGCCGCCUCGCCGUGCCCGCCGCUGCCCCCUCGCCCCUCCGCCUCCGCGUGCUGCCCGCCGCCGCCGCCCGCGCCGGGGGACCUGUACCGCCUGCCCCCCGCGCCGGCCGCCCCCGCCCCCGCGGCCCAGGGCCCCGGCGCUGCCGCCCGGGCGCUCUCCAACACCGGCGACAACGACGACUACACCGAGAUGGCCUUCGGCGUGGCCGCCACCCCGCCGCAGCCCAUCGCGGCGCCUCCGAAGCCCGACGGGGCCCGAGUAUCCAGCCCCACGUCCGGCCUGAAGAGACUGAGCCUCAUGGACCAGGUGUCGGGCGUCGAGGCCUUCCUGCAGGCCGGCCAGCCCGCUGACCCGCACCGGGGGGCCAAGGUCAUCCGCGCCGACCCGCAGGGCGGCCGCCGCCGCCACAGCUCCGAGACCUUCUCGUCGACCACCACGGUCACCCCCGUGUCCCCGUCCUUCGCGCACAACUCCAAGCGCCACAACUCGGCUUCGGUGGAAAACGUCUCUCUCAGGAAAGCCGGCGAGGGCGGCGGGGGUGCGGGCGCGGGCGAGGAGCCCCCCGCAUCCCCGCGCCGCGCGCAGCCGCCCGCCCCGCAGACGCAGACACAGGCGCGGCCGUGGACGCCCGGCCUGCCCGCCGCGGGCCUGCUGGGCUGCCCGGGGGCCGGCGGCUCGCCCAUGCGCAGGGAGACGUCCGCCGGCUUCCAGAAGGGCCUCAACUACAUCGCCAUCGACGUGCGGGACGAGCCGCACCCGCAGGCGGCCGACAAGGGCGCCUGGAGCCGGGCGCGCGGCCUGGGCGGCCUGCUCAGUGCCGUGGGCGGCGGCGGCGGCGGCGCAGGCGGCGGGUGCGGGGGCCCCGGCGCGGGCACGCUGCCCUCGGCCAACGCCUACGCCAGCAUCGACUUCCUGUCCCACCGCCUGAAGGAGGCGGCGGCCGUGAAAGAGUGAAACGCCCAGCAGAGCGGAAGCCGACGUCUCCCGGGUUGGAAGCAGCUUGCCCUCCGUGUUGGGAUCUGAGCGGUGACCCUGCGAGCCGCCCACGCCUCUCGUGCCCCCACGCGGGGCGUUCACCGUCGUGCUGUCCAUGUCCUGUUUGUUGUUGAUUUUUUAAGAAAAAAAAAACACAGAA